GGCGGGAGCGAGGGCGGGAGCGGCCGAGACCAUGUUUCCCGUGGGCCGCAUCCACAGACACUUGAAGACCCGCACCACAAGCCACGGGAGGGUCGGCGCCACGGCCGCGGUGUACAGCGCCGCGAUCCUGGAGUACCUCACGGCCGAGGUGCUGGAGCUGGCGGGUAACGCCUCCAAGGACCUCAAGGUAAAGCGGAUCACCCCGCGCCACCUGCAGCUCGCAAUCCGCGGCGAUGAAGAGUUGGACUCCCUCAUCAAGGCAACCAUCGCCGGGGGUGGUGUGAUCCCGCACAUCCACAAGUCUCUGAUCGGAAAGAAGGGACAGCAGAAAACCGCGUAGAGCAUUGUUUUAACCAGCCCCUUCCUCCCGUCAUUGUACUGUAACCGGGACAGAAGAAAUAAUGGGGACAUGGGGGGUUUUUAAAAGAGGCAGAUGGAAAAGCUUAGACAAUUACUGUAGACACAUAAGAGACAUUUGUACGUUCUUAGGCUCAAAGUUUGAUAAAGUACCUUUCCACGCAGCAGCGCUUGUGUGGUGAUUGGCUAGGUUUCUCCCGUUGUGUUUUAUACAAAAACGGAAUUGAUAAACCAUUUUUUACAAAAA